AUGGAUCCGCAGGCCAGCGAGGGCAGCGAGGGCAGCGGGGGCAGCGAGGGGAGCGGGGGCAGCCUGCGGCCGUCCAGCGCCCAGAUGUUCGCCACCACGUCGACGCUGCACGGCCUCCGCCACAUCUGCGCGUCCGGGCCGCUGACCGUGCGCCGCCUGCUGUGGACGGUGGCCUUCGCGGGCUCGCUGGGCUUGCUGUUGCUGGAGAGCUCGGAGCGCGUCUCCUUCUACUUCUCCUACCAGCACGUCACCAAGGUGGACGAGGUGGCCGUCCGCAGCCUCGUCUUCCCGGCCGUGACGGUCUGCAACUUGAACGGCGUCCGGUUCUCGCGGCUGUCCGCCAACGACCUGUACCACGCGGGCGAGCUGCUGGCCCUGCUGGACGUCCACCUGCAGGUGCGCGAGCCGCACCUGGCCGACCCGGCCGCGCUCGAGGCCCUGCGGGGCAAGGCCCGCUUCCAGCGCUACAAGCCCAAGGCCUUCAGCAUGCGCGAGUUCGUGGAGCGCGUGGGCCACGAGCUGCGGGACAUGAUGCUCUACUGCAGAUUCCGCGGGCAGGAGUGCGGACACCGCGACUUCACAACCGUGUUUACCAAGUAUGGGAAGUGUUACAUGUUCAAUUCAGGAGAAGAUGGCAAGCCUCUGCUGACCACUGUCAAAGGGGGCACAGGAAACGGCCUGGAGAUCAUGCUGGACAUACAGCAGGACGAGUACUUGCCCAUCUGGGGAGAAACAGAGGAAACGACAUUUGAAGCUGGUGUGAAGGUUCAGAUCCACAGUCAAUCAGAGCCUCCAUUUGUCCAGGAGCUGGGCUUCGGGGUAGCCCCUGGAUUCCAGACCUUCGUGGCCACCCAGGAGCAGAGGCUGACAUACCUGCCCCCUCCCUGGGGUGAAUGUCGGCCCUCGGACCUGGGAUUGGACUUCUUCCCUGUUUACAGCAUUACAGCUUGUAGGAUCGAUUGCGAGACCCGCUACAUUGUGGAGAACUGCAACUGCAGGAUGGUUCACAUGCCAGGUGAUGCUCCUUUUUGUACCCCCGAGCAGUACAAGGAAUGUGCCGAACCGGCCCUAGGUUUGCUGGCCGAGAAGGACAGUAAUUACUGUAUCUGCAGAACACCCUGUAACCUGACUAGGUACAAUAAAGAGCUGUCCAUGGUGAAGAUUCCCAGCAAAACCUCUGCCAAGUACCUGGAGAAAAAGUUAAAUAAGUCUGAAAAAUACAUCUCAGAGAAUAUUCUUGUCCUUGAUAUCUUCUUUGAAGCACUCAACUAUGAGACAAUUGAGCAGAAGAAAGCAUAUGAAGUUGCAGCCUUACUCGGUGACAUUGGUGGUCAGAUGGGAUUGUUUAUUGGUGCUAGUAUCCUUACAAUACUAGAGCUCUUUGAUUACAUUUAUGAGCUUAUCAAAGAGAAAUUGUUCGAUCUACUUGGAAGAGAAGAGGAGGACAGCAGCCAUGAAGAAAAUGUGAGCACUUGCGGCCCGAUGCCCAACCACUCGGAGACGGUCAGCCACACUGUGAAUGUGCCGCUGCAGCCAGCGCUGGGGCCGCCAGAGGAGAUCGCCUGCUGACCCCUCGCCGGCAGAACGACGACCCUGCCCGGGAGCAGCGAUGUCCAGCUCAGGACCAAACCGGUGGAAAGAAGUCAAUUGCUAUGCAUAAAAAUUCUGCCAAAACCGAGCUAGAGUCCCCGCUGGCUUGAUUACACCCUCGUUUCCUGUGGGGUUACUUCUAAAAUGGAGGAAUCCUCAUUUCUGAACCAUGUGAAAACAAAACUACCAUGUCACAUCCUGCCAGAUGUAUAAAACACUUGCAUGCCGAUACUUUUUAUGGCAACAUAUUCACACCUGUCUUUUCAAGCAGCAUUCCUCUUUACAAUUUCCGAUUUCCAUGGCAAGAUUUGUUCCUCAGAAUGAAAUAGUAGCCAAAAUGUUCGACGACCUCAUCUCGACUAGCAUCGUAGGCUGAACUAGAAUAAAAACAAAGGAAACCGACAGACUCCUAA